AUGCCGUCCUCCAAGAGCGAGAGCGAGUUCUGGAUCGAUGGAUCCCACCGGGAGGCGGCACUGGAAGAUUUCUACAUCGUGGGCCCCGAGCUGGGACGGGGAGCCACCUCGGUGGUGUUCAGCUGCCAGGAGAAGGGCACGGGAGCUCCCUACGCUGCCAAGAUCCUGAAGAAAACGAUCGACAAAAAGAUCGUGAGGACGGAGAUCGGGGUCCUGCUGCGGCUCUCGCACCCCAACAUCAUCAAGCUGAAGGAGAUUUUCGAGACGCCCUCGGAGAUCGCGCUGGUGCUGGAGCUGGUGACGGGGGGAGAGCUCUUCGACAGGAUCGUGGAGAGGGGGUUCUACAGCGAGCGGGACGCGGCGCACGUGGUCAAACAGAUCCUGGAGGCGGUUUCGUAUUUGCACCAGAACGGAGUCGUGCACCGGGACCUGAAGCCCGAGAAUCUGCUCUACGCUGACCUGUCCCCCGAUGCACCCCUGAAAAUCGGUGACUUCGGGCUCUCCAAGAUCCUGGAUGAGCAGGACACGAUGAAAACCGUGUGUGGGACACCGGGGUACUGCGCCCCCGAAAUCCUGCACGGGUGUCCCUAUGGCCCUGAGGUGGACAUGUGGAGCGUGGGGGUCAUCACCUACAUCCUGCUCUGUGGCUUCGAGCCCUUCUUUGACCCUCGGGGGGAUCAGUUCAUGUACAGCCGCAUCCUCACCUGCGACUACGAGUUCGUGUCCCCCUGGUGGGACGAGGUGUCCCCGAACGCCAAGGACCUGGUGCGGCGGCUGCUGGCCCUGGAGCCCCGGCAGCGGCUGACGGUGGCUCAGGCCCUGCAGCACCCCUGGGUCACCGGCCAGGGAGCCAAACUGGCCCACAUGGACAGCACCCAGCGCAAACUGCAGGAGUUCAACGCCAGGAGGAAGCUGAAGGCUGCCAUGAAAGCCGUGGUGGCCUCCAGCCGCUUGGGCAACCACGGCCACCACGACUGCUCCCGCAGUGGCCAGCGGGGACCGCGGGGGCUGGCCCAGCCCGGGGCCACCAGGAGCCCCAGGGGCGGCACGGAGCUCAGCGUGUGCCAGAGUGACCACAGUGUGUGCCAGAGUGACCACAGUGUGUGCCAGAGUGACCACCCAGCUGUGUGCCAGAGUGACCACCCGGGCAUCUGCCAGAGUGACCACCCAGCUGUGUGCCAGAGUGACCACCCGGCCAUCUGCCAGAGUGACCAUCACAGUGUGUGCCAGAGUGACCAUCACAGUGUGUGCCAGAGUGACCACCAGGCUGUGUGCCAGAGUGACCAUCACAGUGUGUGCCAGAGUGACCACCCAGGCAUCUGCCAGAGUGACCACCAGGCUGUGUGCCAGAGUGACCACCCAGCUGUGUGCCAGAGUGACCAUCACAGCGUGUGCCCAGUGCUCCAGAGUGACCACCCGGCAGUGUUCCAGAGUUGCCACUCCACCACACUCCAGAGUGACCACCCCACCGUGGCCCAAGUGUUCAAGAGUGACCACCCCGCCGUGUUCCAGAAUGACCACUCUGCUGUGUCCCCAGUGUUCAAGAGUGACCGCUCCAACGUGACCCCAGUGGCCCCAGGGUUCAAGAGUGGCCACUCCACCACACUCCAGAGUGGCCACUCCACAGUGGCCCCAGGGUUCAAGAGUGGCCACUCCACCACACUCCAGAGUGGCCACUCCACAGUGGCCCCAGUGUUCAAGAGUGACCACCCCGCCGUGUUCCAGAAUGACCACUCUGCUGUGUCCCCAGUGUUCCAGAGUGACCACCCUGCUGUGUUCCAAAGUGACCGCUCCAACGUGUCCCCAGUGCUCAAGAGUGACCACUCCACCAUGUCCCCAGUGGCCCCAGUGGCCGUAUUCCAGAGUGACCACCCCCCAGUGGCUCCAGUGACCAUAUUCCAGAGUGACCACCCCACAGUGGCUCCAGUGACCAUAUUCCAGAGUGACCACCCCACGGUGGCCCCGGUGGCCGUGCCAGGCUCUGGCUGUGACAGUUAA